AUGCCGAGUCUGCUGACGCGACUCAACCGCGCGAUCGGCGGCGAUGGGCAGCCAGGUGCGGGCGCUGCGACGUCAUCGGCAGAGAGUAGUGCGGCGGGCGCGGAGCCGCGGCGUGCAAUCGGUGCGUCGCUCGCGUCGCCGAGCCUCGUGUCGCUGCAAAGCACGCAGCGAUCGAUUCGGAGUCUGAACCACAAGGUCAAGUCGAUGCGCUUCGGCGCGAGGGGUGCGCGCCCGAGCACGGAGGGCUCGCGCUCGUCGUUCAUGGCAUCGCGUGCAUCCAGCGACGUAGCCGCGCCUGUGGAGACGCCCGCGCCGCCCUCGGCGUCGAGCUCGCCGCGUCCGUCGCCCGCAAAGGCAGCAGACGAGCUGCAUGCGCCGCCGCCCGUGAUGCCGCUGAGUGUGCCGUGGCUCGCUGAGCCGAAGAAAGACACGGACGAAGACGCCGACGUCGUGCCCACGAAUGCCAGCAUGACCGACGUCUCGUCCGCACCGACGUGCUCGUCGCACGUCGACACCGAGCUGCCCACCUCCCACAGCCUCUUGGGGUCCAUGCGCGGCCUCCGGCUUCGUGCGCCGCCCGCCGUGCACCGACGCAUGCCGCCGCUCGACACGGCACGGCACGAGACGCGGCGGCGCUCGUUGUUCGUGCCGAUCCGCGGGCCCCGGAGCGGCGAGCCAUCCUCUGCCACACGCGCAUGGAUCGAAUGGCGCGACAGCGUCGGAUCACCGACACGCGCGACGCGACUGCGUGCGCUGCGCUCGUCGUCGGUCCUCUCGAGCUCGUCUAGCACGCAGUCGCUCCGGACGAAUGCCUCCCUCACCGAAGAGGCCACGCCCAGUCAGCCUGCGCUCUUCGGCAUGCGCCUGCGCGAUGCCGGCGCGCCCCUGCCACACGAUCUGGAGCAGAGCGACCGCCCGCCGCUCUUAUCUCGCGAGCAGACACGGCACUUUGUCGUGCCGCGCAUCGUGACACGCUGCAUCGAGAGCCUGGAAAAGUGGGGCAUCUACGAAGAGGGCCUCUACCGCGUCCCUGGACGAUCAUCGCACGCCGCAAGGCUCCGUGCGCUGUGGGAGUCGCCCGGCACGGAUCUCGCGAUGGCUGAGAUCAGCCCGGCGGAUCUCGACGUGCAUGCGGUGUGCAGCGUAUUCAAGAUGUACCUCCGUGAGCUGCCCGCGCCGAUCGUGCCGCACGAGAUAGCCGCGGCUAUGGACCAGAUCUGUGCCGAGGAGUCCAACGACGCCGUGCUGGCCACGCGACUGGAGCCCUAUAUCCAAAGCCUGCCCUUCUACGAAUGGUACCUGCUGCGCGAUAUCACCGAGCACCUCGGUGUCCUUACCGAGCCCAAGAACGUGGAGUGCACGAAAAUGACACUCUCCAACCUCGCGCUCGUUCUAUCGCCCUCCCUCCAAAUCUCCAGCACCCUCACCAUGACGCUCGUGCGGUGCCGACCUAGGCUGUUCCACGAACGUGCACGACCGACCCAGCCCGACAAGGCAUCCCCACCGCCGCUGCUGGAUAAGCCUCAGCCCGCUGUACAUGGCGCGCUGGUCGCGCAUGCAGGUAUCGGGCCCCGCGCCCCACAGCCAUCACCCGUGUGUGAGGAGGCGGAGACCACAGCGCCAGCCGCCCAAGUGGACAAGAAGGAGGCGCCACUCCCUGCCCAUCCCAGCGAGACGGGUAAGGACAGCCUGCGCGAUACCGAUGCAGAAGAGGCCCUAUUUCUCGACCCAGAUGCUCACGAGAACGCAGAGGAAUGGCACCCUGCCGACUUGUCCCAGGAUUCGAUGCAAACCGUGCAAGAGGUCCCAGCACGGGCCUCCACGGACAUCACGUCGCUUCCCAUCGCCCAGCGAUUCUCUCGACCACGAAGCUCCCUCCUUUCUGACGCAUCCAUUCUAUAA